CAUGCGUGCGCCGCUCGCACAUGCGCAGUCGCUCUCGUGUCGGUGAACGAGUGAGUGACGAAGAUGGCGUGCACCGUGACUCGCAGCUCCGCGCGCUGGAUCGCGACGGCUCUGUCCUCCUCCGGUCACAGACGGGCCUGCCCUCCUCUCCUGUCCAGCGCUGUCCAGAGCCUCUCGACGCUGUCGGGCCGCCGGGUGUGGACCGCGGUGACACUGAGAGGCCCGACGGCGGUGAGCCCUUGUUCUCGUGUGGUGUGUAAGAUGUCGUUUCACACCAGCUGUCCUGCCAGAAAACAGGACUUCUACCAGAUCCUAGGAGUCCCACGCUCAGCCACGCAAAAGGAGAUUAAGAAAGCUUAUUACCAGAUGGCGAAGAAGUAUCACCCCGACACUAACAAAGACGACCCUCAGGCGAAGGAGAAGUUUGCACAGCUAGCUGAGGCCUAUGAGGUGCUCAGUGACGAGGGGAAGAGGAAACAGUACGACACGUACGGCUCUGCUGGGUUUGAUGCAGGACAGGCCGGCGCGGGACAUCAGCAGUACUGGAGCGGAGGGAGCAGUAUCGACCCUGAGGAGCUUUUCCGCAAGAUCUUUGGCGAGUUCUCCGGAGCUCGAGGCUUUGGGGAUUUCAACGCCGUCUUCAAUCAGCCACAAGAGUAUGUGAUGGAGCUCACGUUCGCUCAGGCUGCCAAAGGAGUGAACAAGGAGAUGACGGUGCACCUCGAGGACACGUGUCAGCGCUGCGGUGGCAGAGGCCAUGAGCCCGGGUCCAAGGUCCAGCACUGCGGCAGCUGCAACGGGACGGGGAUGGAGACGGUGAACACGGGGCCCUUCGUGAUGCGCUCCACCUGUCGGCGCUGUGGCGGGAGGGGCUCGGUCAUCACCUCGCCCUGUACGGCGUGUCGGGGCACGGGACAGACCAAACAGAGGAGGACCGUCACGGUGCCUGUUCCUGCUGGAAUCGAGGACGGGCAGACGGUGCGAAUGCCUGUGGGGAAGAAAGAGAUCUUCAUUACGUUCAGAGUCCAGAAGAGUCUGAUCUUCAGGAGAGACGGCGCUGACAUCCACUCUGAUGUCAUGAUCUCUGUGGCUCAGGCCAUACUGGGCGGCACGGUCAGAGCACAAGGACUCGACGAGAACAUCAAUCUCUCGAUCCCAUCUGGGAUCCAGGCCGACCAGAGGAUCCGGCUCUCUGGGAAAGGUAUUCCCCGGGUCAGCGGCUACGGUUAUGGUGACCACUACGUCCACGUCAAGAUCAAAAUCCCAAAGAUGUUGACAGACCGGCAGCGAGCCCUCAUGAUGAGUUUCGCGGAGGACGAGAGCGAUGUGGAGGGAACGGUCAAUGGAGUGAGCAGCUCAUCCGCAGGAGCGGCCAGUGAUCACACCGGCACGGGGCACAAACAGAAAGACCAAGGCUUUUUCUCCAAAUUAAAGAAAAUGUUUAGCUCCACCUGACAGCCACAAACCAGGUAAAAGAUCCAGUGGAAACUGAGACUCUAGUGGAGAUUCAGAUUCACAGUGAACCUGAUGGACACAGAAGACAAGGAAGCGAGACUUCUGCUGUGGAC